AUGCAGAAAUCCCGGGCAUUUAACUCUACCCUGGGUUCCCGGGCCUUUGCCCCGGCCCCGCGGGUCUCCGUCCACUUCCAGCGCCGCAACCUCCAGGAUGUCGCUAUUACCCGCACUGGAAAGCCUAUCUUGAAGGUCCAAGGUGGCCGCUCGUCCCUCGGAGGUUACACUGCCACCGUCUUUGGCGCCACCGGUUUCUUGGGUCGCUACAUUGUCAACCGUCUCGCUAAGCAGGGAUGCAACGUCGUGAUCCCCUACCGUGAGGAGAUGACCAAGCGCCACUUGAAGGUCACUGGUGAUCUGGGCCGCGUCAGCUUCAUUGAAUACGACCUGCGCAACACCCAGUCCAUCGAGGAGAGCGUCCGUCACUCCGAUGUCGUUUACAACCUUGUUGGUCGCCAAUAUCCCACCAAGAACUUCUCCUACACCGAUGUCCACGUCGACGGUGUCGAGCGCAUUGUCGAGGCCGCCGCCAAGUACGACGUCGACCGCUUCAUCCACGUUUCCUCCUACAACGCCAACCGCGCCUCCGAGUCUGAGUACUUCGCUACCAAGGGCUGGGGUGAGGAAAUCGUUCGUUCCAUUUACCCCGAGACCACCAUCGUGCGACCUGCCCCGAUGUUCGGUUUCGAGGACAACCUUCUUCACAAGCUUGCCGGUGUCACCAAUUUGUUCACUGCCAACCACAUGCAGGAGCGCUUUUGGCCUGUUCACGCCAUCGAUGUUGGCAAGGCUCUCGAGAUCAUGCUGCACGACGACAGCUCCGUUGGUCAGACCUACGAGCUUUACGGUCCCAAGAACUACUCCACUGCCGAGAUUGCUGAGCUGGUCGACCGCGAAAUUGUCAAGAAGCGCCGCCACUUGAACAUUCCCAAGGCCAUUCUCAAGCCCUUGGCCUACAACCUCAACAAGUACAUCUGGUGGCACACUAUGUCCGCCGAUGAGGUUGAGCGUGAGUUCCACGACCAGGUCAUCGACCCAACAGCCAAGACCUUCAAGGAUCUCGGCAUCCCCCAGACUGAGCUGGCUGAUCUGGCCGAUCUGACCUUCCACUACUUGCAAAUGUACCGUAGCGCCUCCUACUACGAUCUUCCCCCUGCCACCGAGCGUGAGAAGCGCGAGGAGAAGAAGUACGUUCACGUGCUGGACGACCAGUAG